AUGUCUAACCGCGUGCCGCACGAGCCAGUGGUAUCUAGAAUAUCUGGCUGUUUGUACGAACGCUCCCUUAUUGAGAAGUACAUCAGUGAACACGGAAGAUGUCCAAUUACUGGAGAACCACUGCAGAAGGAAGACCUUAUAACAGUGCGACCAACAACGUUGACAGGAUCACCUCCGAGUGGUGAGACGAUUCCUGCUUUAUUGACGAAAUUACACUCUCAGUGGGAUGCUAUCAUGCUUGAGCAGUUUUCCAUGCGACAGCAACUAGCUCAGACGCAGCAAGAGCUGGCGCAUGCUUUACACCAAUAUGAAGCGGCGUGUCGUGUUAUUGCCACAUUCAUCAAGGACCGUGGGGUGGGGGAAACUCAGUCGGGUGAGCCAACAGAAGGACAAACUGCACGUGACAAUGGUAACCCAGCUUUACCAGAGGCAGUAUUGAAGGAUAUGGGUGAGUAUGACACCGUUCAGAGGGCAAAACGGAAAACUAGAUUACCCCCGUCAAAAUUGGCCUCAGAACAGAAUGUGCGAGACUUUGUUGAGGAUGGUUCCGUUGAUGUGGGGAAAACCGCAUGGACUGUUACUCGUGUUUCAGAUAAAAGUGUCUUUAUUGGACUCGAUGAUGCAACUGUUAUUCAUUACGAUUUAGCAGAUGGUCGUAUAUGCGGUACAGGUCUUGGACAUGAAAGGGCAGUGCGUCACAUCGUCCCGUGUUGCAGCGCUGGGGUGGUACGUCUGGUUUCUGCAUCUGAUGAUGCCACAUUGCGUUUAUGGAGCUGUGAAUCAGAUAUGCUACUUUGCCAAGGGGUUUUGCGUCAGCACAACGGAGGCAUUAUUGGUCUGGGGAGCGUAAUUGCUGACCAUUUACUCCUCUCAGCGAGUGCAGCAGGCGUUGGACUUGCUGACAUUAACUCUAUGGAGUCUGUCGCAUUUACAACUGCAACUGCAGAGGACUUAUCAGCGUUGACAUGCCUUGGUGUGCACCCGUAUGGGUCCUUGGCAGCGCUAGGAACAAAAUCCUCAGGUUUCUGCAUCUGGAACACACAACAGAUGUGUGUUGAUACCACUAUUUCACUCUCUGAUGAGGGCGAUGUCUGCAGUAUAGCAUUUAACGCCGAUUGUUUUACCCUAGCCACAGCUCUUUCUGGGGGCAAGACACUUCUGUGGGAUCUUAGAAAGAUGUCUGCUCCACUCCAUGAGAUACCACCAUCAACAACUGCAGAGGCAACAUCUGCAUCUAUGUCUGGUGACGUUCCUGUUGUUGCCUUUGACGAUUACGGCAAGUAUCUGGCUGUAGGGGGUCACGAGGUUCGUGUGUUUGAUUGGACCAUGUCUCCCCAGCAGGCUCUGAGCACAUUAAACUCGCACCUGCAGCCAGUCACAGGACUCUGCUGGGGAGAAGAUGCGCGGUCUCUCGUCAGUUGCUCAAUGGACAAGACGGUGAAGUUUUAUGGCUCAGCAUGA